GUUACUCUGUUGGUCGUUCCCAAAAUGAGUUGGCGAGUGCUAAUGUUGGGUUUCUGCGUCAUACUCCUGUACUCGACCGUUGCGGCGGCGUCUGUGGAGGCGACAACAAUGGGCAUUGCUACGGCGACAACAGCCACAUAUAUGACGGCGAUGUCUGAAAUAACAACGUUGAAACCAAAAAACGAUGUCAUAAGGCGUAGUAUAAGAGUGGGCAAAUAUGGUAAUGCCACUAUAUUGUGUAAGACUUCGAAUCGUUCACAAACUUACUUUUAUGAUGCGUCUAUCGAAAAGUUCGUGUUUCCGUUCGACAUCGAAAAUGAGCUUCUAAGUAACUAUGCCGUGUUAGUUUUGAAUGGAGUUCAUCAACCGUCAACCUACCUGUGCUUUCAAAAUGGAACUCUUUUAAGUGAAACGAUUUUGACAAUUGAUAGUGUAAUACAGACGGUUGUUAUCGAAAUGGGAAAGGGCGAUGAUGCCGCGCUUACAUGUAAACAUGAUGAAGACCAACCAGUCUAUUUUCAAAAAGACCUCGGCAAGGAGAACAUCAGAACUGAUAUUGUGUCAAUUAAUAGGACAACGAGUAUCCUUUUGAUUAAAAACGCAUCUUUACAAAAAACGAAAUAUAGUUGUACAUAUUUGGACAAUAAGCACAUAGAUGAAUCGGAAUUGAACGUGGGUGAGUAGAAGUUUGCAUUGAAUACGUAAAUGUUCAUAUGUGAUAUAUAAGUAUCAUAAAAUCUUUUAAUUUAAGAUUUCAUAAGGCAACUCAUGAAAAAUAAGCUCUUAAUUUAGCCCAUAAAUGCAUAUCGCCCGCG